AUGACAGUGGAUACUACCGAUAUGAAUCAUUUUCUUUUUAAUCGAUAUAUAUUGAAUGUAAAGAGUGGAUGUGAGAAAAAGAAAUUAGAAAAGAAAUGGAAAUCCAUUUUUCUAAGGAAAUCUAUAAAAUUCAUUCCAACUUAUAUUAAAGAUAGUAUAUUCUAUAAAUAUAGAUACAAAUCAUAUUGGAGAACCUUUCAUGUACAUAAAGAUAUUAAAUAUUCAUUGAAUUCUAAAUCUAUGAUGAUGGAUAUUUAUGAACCUGAAAAAAAGAAUAAUAAACCCAAUCCGACCAUUGUUUUUAUUAAAGGUGGUUAUUAUUUAUCGGGUGAUAAGAAAGAUUACUCUAGAUUAGGAAAAGUUUUUUCAAAACUUGGUUAUCUGACUAUCAUACCAAACUAUUCAUUGUACCCAAAAGCAAACUUCUCUGGAAUUUUGGAGGAAGUUGAUACUUUAUUACAAUAUGUUUAUGAAACAGUUGAAAUAUUCGGUGGAUCAAAAGAUAAUAUCAAUUUAAUAGGUCAUUCUGUAGGAGCUACUUUGUUGUCUUCUUACCUGGCAAGAAAUAUAUCUAAUCCUAUCAAAAUAAAUUGGAUAAAAUCAAUGUUUCUAAUAAGUGGAGCCUAUGACUUGGAAGAUCUAUUUAUCUAUGAAACCCAGAAUGGAACCGAAGAGAUACUACCCACUCAUAAGGUGUAUGGUGGAUUCGCUCAGAUGAAUGGAUACUCACCUAAUAAUAUUCUACAACAAUAUAAAGAUAACACCAUUACCUUACAGCCCAAUGUUAUCAUGAUUCACUCUGAACCAGAUAGAAUAUUUCCAUCAAGUCAAUCCUUAAAGUUCUUUGAGACUCUUAAAAGAAAAUCUACUAAUCUAUCGAAUAUUAGAUAUUUUAAAUUUGAAAACUACCAACAUAUCGAAUUUAUAAUUACUUAA